ACAGCAGCGAACAUCACCACCAAAGCACAAACAUCAGUGAGCGCUGCGAGACGGGUGUGAACCUGCAAAUCUAUCCUCUUCCGAGCGGUCGUGACCGGAAUCAUGAACCAUUUUCGAUAGUCGGUCGGGUCGAAGGUGCAAAAGGAAACGUAAAGAAUUGCGAACAAAAUCAGUAGCACCGCGCGUGUGUGUGUGUGUGUGUGGGUGUCCGGCAAAAUUAAUCCUCGCUUUUUAGCCCACCAAUCCGAGGGAUUGUCCCACAGCCGAGCGAACCGGCCCAAUUCCGUGCAACAACCCAGUCGCCUUCCAUAAUCGUGUGUUCACACGGGCGCACGGCAACAGAGAGCGGUGUGCCGCAGCAUCUCGAAGUAAGCGCAUGUGUCACGGCCAAAUUUUACCAGAUCCACUCUCCUCCUGCUUCCCUCCGAGACGUCCAAGACACGACGACGGUCGUUACGGGCAGGCAGUAAACAGUCGGCCAGUGAAGAGGGCAGUCGUGCCGUGGGUUUGAGACCGCCGGGCCCGAAGACUCGCAGACUCGCUGACGGCGGCGAGCGUUCUACCCCCAUCCACCACCACCAACACCACGCCCACCCCACAAACGGCGUGGCAGCACAACAUCAACAAGAUGCAACAAAUAGCCACCAUCAUCGGGGCGAACGCCUACUACGAUGGAAGCCGCGUGUUCACCUGGCUUGCCGACAUGUGCGGCCUGUCGGUUGAUUUGGUAAACUUUCUCAUCACACAGUUCCUGGCGCUGCUGCUGGCGUCAGCGUUCCGCUCCUACCUGCACCCGUCCAAGGUGUCGGCCAGCACGCGGCACGCGAUCGGGCUGGUGAUCGGUCUGUUCUUCGGUUACUUCUGCUUCGGCCAGCAGGCGAUCCACAUCGCCGGCCUGCCCGCCGUCUGCUAUGUCGUCAUCCGCACACAGAACCCCCAAAUUGUCCAACGGCUCGUCAUGGUCGUGGCACUGUUCUAUCUGUCCUGCAUCCAUCUGCACCGGCAGUACUACGAUUAUGGGUCGUACUCGCUCGACAUUACCGGUCCGCUGAUGAUCAUCACGCAGAAGGUGACCAGCCUGGCGUUCAGCAUUCACGAUGGUUUCACGCGCGAGAUGAAGGAUCUGACCCAGAGCCAGCAGCAGCACGCGAUCCGGAAGCUGCCCUCGCCGCUCGAGUUUUUCUCCUACACGCUCCACUUCCAGGGGCUGAUGGCGGGCCCGCUGGUGUUUUACAAGGACUACAUCGACUUUAUCGAGGGCUGCCACAUCAUCAAGCACACGUCGGCGAGUGCAAAGUACGACAUCGAGAAGAAGAUCGUACACGAACCAUCGCCGGUGAAAGCGGUCGUAAAGAAGGUGAUUGCCAGCCUGGUGUGUGCGCUGAUCUUUGUGAAGUUUGCCACCAUAUAUCCUAUCAAAACAAUGAAAGAUGACGGCUUUAUCGCGAGUACGGGCUUCCUCUACUCCCUGUGGUACAUGAUGAUGGCCACGACGGCGGUCCGCUUCAAGUACUACUUCGCCUGGCUGAUGGCGGACGCGAUCUGCAACAACUCCGGCCUCGGCUUCAACGGGUACGACGAGCGGGACGGCGUGACGCCCCGCUGGGACAUGCUGUCCAACAUCCAGGUGCUGGAGUUCGAGUUCGGCACCAACUUCCGCAACUGCAUCAACGCGUGGAACGCCGGCACCAACCGCUGGCUGCGCAUGGUCGUGUUCGAGCGGGUGCCGAAGCGCUACGGCACCGUGCUCACCUUCAGCCUGAGCGCCCUCUGGCACGGGUUCUAUCCCGGCUACUACAUGACGUUCGCGACCGGUGCGCUGAUCGUGAUGGCGGCCCGCAUCGCCCGCAAACUGUUCCGCCCCGCGUUCCAGGGCACGGCCGGCUCGCGCACCCUGUACGACGUGCUGACCUGUCUGGUGACGCGCGUCUUCAUGGGCUACGCCACCUUCCCGUUCGUGCUGCUCGAGUUUAAGGCUAGUCUUCGUAUGUACCUGAAUGUGUUUAUGUGCCUUCAUCUAGUCGCUCUGAUCACUGUGUUUAUUUUAUCGCAAUACGUACCACGGGGAGAGGGCAGUCGGGCGGCGGCCGGGGCCCGUUCGCGCUCCAAGCUGAAAGCCGACACGGAGGAUGCGGCGGCGGCGACCGGCAGCGGUCGGAAGGAUACCGAAACCCUUAUGAAACAGGCUGGCACUGCCGUGGCGGCCGUGGUAGACACGGAACCUGCUGGUAGCAAUGGCAGUGCGGCGGGGAUCCGAUAUCGUGGUGCCGAAAAUGGGCGUCGCAGUGACGUCGACUCCCAGCACCAGAUCGUAAAGGAUGUGGUGGACCCGUUCUGUCUGACCACCACCACCACCACCACCAGCAUGAUGAUGACGAUGAAUGGCAACCACCAUCACAAAAAGACUGACGAUUUCCUGUCCCAAGAGGAUAACAACAACAGUGCCACCAUUAAUACCACCUCCACCACCAACCACACCUCUGCCGCAGCCGCCACCACCAAGAGCGGCCCGAAGCUGGCGUGCGAGCGUAUCAAGGAGAAGCUCGAGCAGGAGACGCGCAACAUCGAAGACUUUAUCGACAAGACGGUGACGGGCUUCGUCGAGCUGAAGGACGACCUGAUGCGCAUGCCGGACGAAACGCACGGCGGCCUGUACAUUCCGCGCAAAGCGCCGCUCGUCGGUGCCGCCGCCGCCGCCCUGAACGGCAAUGGCAAUGUGGUGGACGGCAACAGCAACAGCACCACGGCCACCGGCACCACCAUUACCGGGGCCACCGCCGGUGUAGGCAGUAGUAGCAACGCGUUCCUUAAGAAGGAAAUCGACGCGUUGAAUGCAGCCGUCCAGCAGGCGAACGUAUUGCCGGCCGUACUAAGCAACGGGCAUGCCAAGUAAGCGGAAGAAGUGCGGACCGAGCACUGUUUGUCUCUUUUGGUGGUGUGUCUCGGGUGUGUGUGCAACAAAAAUCAGCAGCCAAAUAUUUUCUUCCAUUGUUUUAUGGUUUUUAAAACACCGAUUAUCCGGAUGUCGUGGCGUCGAGUUCCUACGAGUGUGUGUGUGGGUGGUGCUUGUGUGUCAUCCUCUUUUCAGCUUCCAUUGGAUUUGUGUUUCCUGUGGUUGGAAUCAUGAAUUCUGUGUCGUCUGUUGGAACCACCACAACGCGCACACGCACACGCACCAACUACUGGUUGGUGAAAUUUAAGUCUCUUCCUGCUUCAACAUUGUUGGUACAACUCUUCUUCCCGAUCGAUCCGCACAAACAGAGCCCGAUCCUUAUGGCAUCGCAAUUUGCGCAAAGACGACGCAGCGCGAAGCGCACAAACUAUUCUACUAUCAGGUGCGCACAACAGACACACACACAGUCACUGUCACAGUCACGCUAUACCUAUACAAGAUUGAAACGUGUGUCGGGCCAAGCAAAGGAUAUAUUUUGUAGCAGCAAGAGAAAGGAUCCCCAUUAUUCUAUAUAUACAUACAUAUAUAUAUUAAUAUUUCUAAUAUGUUUAACAAACGUACACAUGCGUGUGUGUGUGUGUGUGCGAGUGUAUCGAUGCAACAAACAAAAAACGCUGUAACAAUUCCACACUCUUCCAUGGCACUGGCAAGGAAUAAUAAUAUUAAUAUUCAUAAUAAUAUAGUUCAGUUGCUUCCAGGCUUCGUCAGAGGUGCCCAACACCCCACCCCACCCCACCACCCCACCACCACCCAUCAACCCACCAAGAGCAAAAGAAAUGUCGUAGAAGACAGCCAAUUUUUUUAAAAAAAUUACUGAAAUUAAAAUGUAUUUUCUAUACCAUCUUCACAUCCUUCACACGACCUGUGUGUGUGUGUGUACUUUAGAUUCAAAUUUGGUGUGUCCUUUCCAUAUCAGCAAAAACAUAAAAAUAAUGUAAAAGUAACGUAACUUCCCGACACCAACCCAACCCACCCGCUCCCACCCUUCUUCCCCCCACGAGCGAUGCUUCCAACGAUAAAAGUAUCGUUUCGAUUUGCGUUCGGGUUUUGUAAAUGAAAAGAGAAUUUAUUUCUUUUAAAUCGAUGGAAUUUGUUUUUGGAUGUAAUUUUUUUACGACUAGAGUAGUUAAUGCGUUAAGUCACUUUGUUUUCAGUGUGUGUGUGUGUGUCUGUGUGUGCGCGCGCCAUAACCCCCCUUCCUCGUCUCUUUCCCUUUCUCACACACUGCGCACAAGAGUUUUAUGUUGUUUUAUCGUUUUAUUUUCCCUUUGAUUGCGAUUUGUUACUACUUUUUACAGCAUUGAAAGAGGGAAAGAGAGAGAGAGAAAGAGGAGGAAAGGCAGAUUUAUUAUAUAUUAUUUAAAAAAAACGCGGAUAUAUGAAAUAUUAGAUAGGAGCUAAUUGAUGAUGUACUGAUAAAAUGAUGAACUUGAACGGGAUACAAACAAGCAGGGCACAGGGCAGAGGUGGUAAGGAGAGAAGCGCGACCACAGAGCUCUUGCACAUUUGACCAGUGUAACUAUUGAUAAGAAAAUUGAUUGAUAAGAAGAAGAAAAUAAUGGAAAAGAAGCAUUGUUACUUUAUGCGUGCAUCAAAAAAACACACCCCGUUGUUGCGGGGGGGGGGGGGGGAACAGUGAAUUGCGAUGUGGGGGGGGGGGAGGAGACAAGACAAAAAACACGCACACCGUCGGUCCCACACAAUGCCGUGGCGGAGGAGUUUUUUGUACAUAAAUAGUCCGUGCUGCUAGCAACAAGAAGAAGAAGAAGAAGAAGAAAACCUACUAGGAAGUAGAGAAAUUUUGCGCACAAAGAGUUUAUCCUCUAAGCUGUAAAGUGAAACAAGAGUAACUAGCGAAACGACGUGAAGAAAGGGGACGAAAAAAAAAUACACAAAAUAUAUUACCAAUAGUUAAGGUACAACAACUUAAAACGUAAGACAAAACCAACAAAAAAAAAACAAACAAACAAACUACUCAUGUAAAGCAGAACCUAAAAGAGAGAGGAGGUAAGAAGCAAAAGCAACAAAAACAAACACUAACUCACGUAAAACUACCAAUCAAAUGCGCCCGCGCAUCCGCAGCGCCAUCGUACGCGCAAAGGGUGCGUGCGUCCCUCAUAACAAAACAAUACGCAAACAAAACUCGCUCGCACACGUGGUGCGUGCGCUCUUGUGUGUUGUGUGUAGUCAGGGCGGUAGUUGAAUCGAUAAGAAUAAAAACAAAAAAACACUCUUUUUGUAGUAAAUCAUUACAAAAUAAAUACAAAAUCGAAAUCCCGA